GGAGCAGAAGAAGACGGAGAGAGAGAGUGAGCUUAAAGAGGCUGGAUGACAUUUUCAGCUCUCCACACCCAAAUCUGUGGAAAAUUCCUUCAGUUUGCAGACUGCUGCAGAGCUGGCUCGCUGAGACCGACUGAGGGAGGAGGAAAGACGGUGAAUUUUAACUGGACAGAGUGCUGAAGCAGAAGAAGGGGGGGACAAACGUUGAAUGUUGGAUUUUGUCUUUCUGUUGCAAGUGCUGUGACAGGAGCUGCAGAUGAGAUACCCUUGAAAUGUGUGUUAGGAGGUUUUUUGAUGACUAAGGCGACGAACAUCUUGGACUGCUUCAGUGUGAGGACCAACGAAGAGAAACUGCUGCUUUACCACGACAAAAGAAGAUACACGUGUUCCGGAAAAAACUGACCUGUUUCCUGUUAAGGAGCAUCUGUUACUUCCUUCCAGUCUGUCACCCUGGGGAAGGCAACGCUCCUUCGAUCCCCCCGAUUUCCCCCUUCCUCUCCAUCAUCAUCACCAUCAUCGUCCUCGCCACCGCUGAAGACCGUUUCAGCGACCCGUUUCACCCUGACCUCAGGUUUCAGGUGGAAAAGGUUCCGGCUCCCUGAAUCGCCCAUCAUGCACAUCAAGACCACCAAGUGUAACCGCUUCUGCCUGGUCGCCUCGGUGACCAACCAGGAAGUUUUCAACCAUCCCGAGGCACAGGCCAGUUUCGAAGCCUCGUUCCGCUCUUUCGACCCGGAGGUGCAGUUCCAGUACUUCAAGUCUUUCCGCCGAGUCAGGAUCAGUUUCAGUGACGCUCUGGCUGCAGCCGAGGCGAGACUCCGGCUCCACAAGACCGACUUCAACGGCAAAGAGAUGAGGCUCUACUUUGCCCAGUCUGUCCACAUAGGGAGUCCUCGGCUAGAGCCCCCCAAGCCAGAAAAGCAGUUCCUGAUCUCCCCCCCUGCCUCCCCUCCGGUUGGCUGGGAACAGUCGCAGGAUGCCACGCCGGUCAUCAACUACGACCUUCUGUGUGCCAUCUCGAAGCUGGGACCAGGGGAGAAGUAUGAGCUCCACACCGCCACCCCCACCACCCCCAGCGUGGUUGUCCAUGUCUGCGAGGAUGAGCACGGUGACAGCUCAGCCCCCGAUGACAGCGACCAAGACGACAAGCCCCGCCCCCCGCGGCCGAAGAUCAUCCAGACGCGACGGCCCGACUACACGCCCGGAGUGGAGCAGUGAGCGAUGACAAGCAGGGGGCGCAGUGUGACGACUGUAACAUUUCAUCCUGAAGUGAUUGGUCAAGAGCUCAACAUGCUCUCAGAGCUUUGAAGAAGGUUUGGGGACUUUUGGAAGGCACCUGAAGGUGCUGCGAUGUCCUGUAGACGAGCAUUUCAUUGGGCAGAGACAGAAAACAUAGUCUUGAAUGCUGCAUUCAUGUUCUGUGGGAAAAGAAAGGAGGGAUGGAUUUCCUGGUGGUAAAAACUGUUCAGUUUAGCCAUCAAAUGAUAUGUACUGCUUGUGAAUUAGAGGUUUGGAGGUGGAGCUAAAGGAAAUUAAAUUAAUAUAUACUAAUGUUUUGAUUGUAGUGCUUAAGUAAAGAGCCUGGAGACUUUGCUGAAUUUUUGGUUUGUGGUGAUAUUUUGCAGAGAAAAAAUAACGGAAAAACGUGUUUUGUGAGGUGAGACUGGUCAAGUGCUGAUAAUGUUCCGUGCAAGGCCAUCAAAGUGAUGUGGAUGCUCGUUAUUCCCACAUGACAUGAAUGCAGCAUCACUCUGACAGGUCAUGUUUGCGUUUUCCUCAUGUAGAGUUAAUGGAUUGAAGAGGGAAAACAACUUGUGAAAUGAUUUCUUUUGAACAUAACCUUUCCGACAGUUGAUUUUUUUGCGAGGGUGCCACAUGUGUACGUCAGUCAGCUGUAGAGUUUGCACGCUGUUGGCAUGUGCUUCAUCACUUCUACUUUGGUUGCGUGGUCAUUUCGGCACUGCAGCGCCCCAUUACUCCUCACCACUGCUUGAUGUCACAGCUUCACUUUUGCAGCUGUCCUGUGGUAAACGUGUUGUCAAGCCAAAGCUCGCCUCACUACCAGUGUGUUUUGCUUACAUUCAAACGUUUCAAAAUGAGGAGUUUGCAUCCACAGUGUUGUUCCUGUAAUGACUUCUAACAGUGUUAUCUGGGGAUUCCUUCAGUUUUGGUACUCUGCCUGUCUGUCUGUGUUUUGGUUGUUGUGUAGCAAAGAACUGUUGCUGUUUGACAUGUAGUGAAGCUAAAAAUACAACAGCUGUAUGAGGCUUUUAACUUUGGAGUAUAGGACACAGACCCAGCCCCUUUUAACCACGGUGUGCUGUCAUUAAAAAAUGAAAACAAAAUGGGGCUAUUUGGGCUAAACCGUGUUCUGAAAGAAUACAGCACUGUUGUGUUAACCUAUGACUCCAGGCACUUACUGGCCAUUUGAUAAGAGUGAUUUUAAAGAGAUUAGCUUGUUGCCUAUAGUCCAUGUCUUGGCCGUUUAUAUAACACUUGUGUGUAGGAAAAUAUGCAGUGGAAGUAUGUAUGUGGGUCUGUUUCUGUUCAGACAGGUGUGUUAACUGAGGCGCCAGCCUUUUAUUAGUGCUAUGACAUGGUGUUGAUACACACCUACUUUUAUUUUAAAUUUUCAAAAAACAAGAAGAAGCUAAAAUGUUGCACCAAUUUUUUUUAAUACUUUGUUGAAAACACACCUGUGUGAACAGAUUUGUCUGUCUCAUGAUAAAUGAACUUGCCAUUGCAAUUAGCUUUUCUUGCUUUUUCAGCUGGAUCCUCCCCAUGUGUUGCUUUAUUAACUUCAAGCUAAAUCUCAACAAAAUCUUAAGCUGUGUAGCUUUGUCUCUACACCUGACCUCAAUGAGAAAAGUGAGUGUAAAAUGGGAAGACCAGCCGCCCAAACAUCCAGUGUUACAUUUUCUUUCACAAAAAUCAGUUUCUUUGGUGCCACAGUAGUUGUAAAAUUUGAAAGUGGGCAGCCCUAAAGCCUGCAGGUCCACUGUGCAGCAAUUGGUCUGUUCUAAUUAAAUCUACUCUAAAUGUGUUUGUUAAUAAUGUAUGCACCAUUGAAGCCCAUUAUAAACUGACAUGAUCUGGGCUGUGAGGCACCAGCUGCAUAAUUACUGGUUUGUAUUGUGCUUACAUGGUGCAUUUUACUAGAUACUGAAUGUGUGCUUAAUGAAUCCACAGUGCACAGAGAGUAGGAGUAACAGGUUUCAUUAGGGAACGCUAUUUGGGUUUUUUCAGCCCUUCAUCAAUAGAUAAAUGCUGCUGACAAAUCAUACUGAUGUUAAUCACUUGUAGACUGGUCCUGUCUAUUUAUCCUCAAUUGACCUCCAUUCAUGAUAUGAAUGAGAACACACUGCAUGUGCAUUAACAAGGCUUUUUGUGGCCAGUAUUGUCUGUAGUCUUGGCUUGAAGAAAGCUGUCUUUUUUCAUUUUUGGGGCUUGUGGCAGCAACGUAUAAUGGGUCACAUGUUGUACUUGUAAAACUUACAUUAAAAUGCCACUUUAAAUGGGUUGGAAAUGAAAUAAAAGCUGCUUUUUUUGUAGUUAACAGCAUCUUCAGAUGGUUACAUGUAUUAAGGGAUACACUCUGUAGACUGUACUAAUGCUGGUGUAGUCAUGACGCCCGAAGAAAUGUUUUUCUUCCAGAGGAUCUCACUGAAGCCAGCGUUCAGGGUGAUAAGAGAACGAUAACUUGUGGAAACAGCACUGUGAAGCACAUGACACACUGCCAGUACUUUAGAAAGCUCAUCUGUCACAUAUCAAGAGGAUUGGAGGUUGCAUAUGGCUCUGUCAGUUUAACUACUUUUUUACGACUGGUAUUUUAAGUUCAUUUAUCUUUGAAAAAGUUAUUUACAUUAUUGAGUUACCAUUAAAUAAAGGUUUGACCAUCUAA